AUGUUUCAUGCUUGUGGCAGCUCUGCCGCCCGAGGCCUAGUAGCGUAUUUAGGGUCCGAAUACUUGCGCAGGAACGUGGAUAUGGAUUAUAUCACGCAGCCAACGCAGCAGGGUACGCAGGCCACGCAGAAAUAUGUCAUUGAGAAGUUCUCGCAAGAACGCAUAGACGACGACGUCGUGUGCAGAGUCAUAUGCACCAGCGGGCAGCUCAAGAUCCAAGAUCUGAAGGUGGACGUACGAGAAGUGGUAAAGAAGAAAGAGGCGAUAAAACAGGUAUGGUUGUUUGGCCGCAACCGGCAGUCCUGCGACUACCACCUUGGGGACAUCAGCAGGCUGUCCAACAAGCACUUCCAGAUCAUGCUGGGGGAGGACGGGAACCUGCUGCUGAAAGAUUUGUCCACCAAUGGGACGUGGCUCAACGACGUGCGUAUUGAAAAGGGGCAGAAUAUGAUAUUGGGGCAGGGGGACGAGAUAACUGUGGGCAAGGGCGUGCAGCAGGACGUUGUCAACAUAGUGGUAUUCCUCAACGAUAACUUCCAGAAGAAGCUGGAGACGGCGCGGCUGGAGGGGCUGCGCAAGCCUGCCAAGCACACAACGCUGCGCACGCAGUCGCCGCGGGCGCCGCUGACAGGCAUAUUCAAGGAUUUCUCUAUAAACGACGAGGUCGUGGGCCAGGGAGCCUUUGCGACAGUGAAGAAAGCGGUUGAGCGCAACACCGGAAAGACAUUUGCCGUCAAGAUCAUCAACAAGCGGAAGGUAAUGGGCAAUGUGGAUGGGGUCACGCGUGAACUGGAGGUCCUGCGGCGCCUGAACCACCCGCGGAUUGUGUCUCUGAAGGGCUUCUACGAGGAUGACGAAAGCUACUAUCUACUGAUGGAGUUUGUAUCUGGCGGCGACCUAAUGGACUUUGUUGCUGCCCAUGGCUCUGUGGGAGAGGAUGCAGGUAGGGAGAUAACCAGGCAAAUCCUCGAAGCGGUCCGUUACAUACACGAACAAGGAAUUAGCCAUCGCGAUCUAAAGCCGGACAACAUUCUCAUAGAGCAAGACGACCCUGUCCUGGUCAAAAUCACGGAUUUUGGGCUUGCAAAGAUACAGGAUAACACGACAUUUAUGAAGACAUUUUGUGGGACUUUAGCGUAUGUUGCACCUGAAGUAAUUGGCGGGAAGAAUCCGGAAGGCAACGGGGCCAAUGGAAAUCUCUACUCAUCUCUAGUGGACAUGUGGUCGAUCGGGUGCCUAGUAUAUGUUAUUCUGACGGGCCACCUUCCUUUCAGUGGAAGCACCCAAGAGCAACUUUAUAAACAGAUAGCCAAUGGCUCGUAUCACGAAGGUCCGCUGAAGGACUACAGGAUCUCUGAUGAGGCACGGGACUUUAUAGACUCGCUACUCCAGAUAAACCCCGUCGACAGGCUCACUGCAGAAAGAGCCCUCCAACACCCGUGGCUGCAUCCUUGCACUUCGAUAGGCGCCGAGAUAGCAGUGUCCCUUUCGCAAUCUCUGUCGCAAGCAAGGGCACUCGAGGGAAUGGACGAAGCCGAGUACCUCGUUGCGCAAUCGGAAGUUGCGUCAAAUAGGAAAGCGCCGACUCACGAAAAGCGCGUUAUUCUUGCAGAUCAUAUUGCUGAGGAAAACGUUGGGUUCAGAAUGCCAGUUCAUCCGCCUGUCCGGUAUACUCAGAAGGCCCAGCCGGUACUCGGUCUCGAGCAAGAUACCAGGACACACGAGGAACCUGUGGAAACACACAACGAACGGCAGCUGGAGGAUAAUACAGCGCUCCUAGAAGGCAGUGUAGACAGUCACACCACGUACAGCACAUCUAAUAUGCAGCAGAAGCGGAAGCCCACGAGGGCAGCGGACGGACUGUUUUUGACAUUGCAUCCUUUGGCCAACAGUAGCGUCCGAAAAAGGAUAUACGUUAACCAAGGAAUUAACCCUUUCUUUAUAGGCAGAUCGGAUGAAUGCCACUACAAGAUACCGGAUAACCGCUUAUCACGAAUACAUUGCUUUUUCCUCAAGAAACGACAUCCCGUGGGUAACAGCAUCUACGAAUCUCCCGCGCAGGGCCUAGACGACAUCUGGUACUGCCAUAACGGAACGAAUGUUAGCUAUGUCAACGACAUGAAAUUGCUUCCAGGGACCAAGGUUCUGCUGCAAGAUGGUGACCAGGUAAAGGUCAUCUGGGACAAGGCACAAAAUAUUACAAUAGCCUUCCGCGUCGAGAUAAAUGAUUCCGCUGGACUGUUCAAUAGCGCAGCAGUAACCCAGAAUGCGCGCCACAUCUCUCAGCAAACUCCUGACGAGCUCGCCCUGGCAGUCAGCUUCAUCGAGCUGAUGCGCACGCAGAUGCACGCAAUCCACAAUUCCGAAACGCCCCCUGCAGACACGGGCUCCUGCUCCGCCGUCGCCGCCGGCAACGACGCCGCCGCCUCCAGCAUUUUGCGGAAGAUACACUACUCCACUCUGUCGCAGGUCCCAAUGAAGAAGGCCAAACGUGCCAAACUCGCACAAGCUGACCGAAAUGAGGAUAGCCUCCAAUUCUUAUAG